UAAAUAUGUAUGUGAAUAAUUAAAUGCUUGUUUUUAAAUUUGAUGUGAUGCUAUAAGCAACUGACAUUAUUAAAGGCUCUGUCCAUCAAUUGUCAUCAAUUGUUUUUUAAUAUGACAUUGCUUAAAUAACUAAAUUGUGUAUACAUUAGCUUGGUCUCGUCGCUAUAUGGCUGAAAUAAUGCCGAUGCGACGUUAAAUUUUAACUCACUCACUCGCACUUGACACCCCAAGAGGUGCUACAGUAAAAAACCUGAGUCAUCGUUUACUCUGUUAAAUCGUUCAUUUUGUUUGGACUUUCAGGUACCAGGAAGAUUAAGAUAUUGAACAUGGAACGCACAUUAGUUCAUAAAUACAGAGCAGUAAGCAUGGCAGGAGGAGGUUUUGAUGCCGACAAUAUCUGUGACCUUAUUGAAGAUUCUGAGCCGUUUGAGUCACUUGCUGCAUCAAACACAUCCCCUGAGGCCACAUCUACACAAAUCGUUGCAAAUAGGGAUACGGCUACCACAGAUAUUGCUCCCAACAUGGCGACACAGGUAACAACUACGACUUCACGGACAGACAGAGUUGGUAAGAGUUUUGAUGCUGCACUUGUAUAUGAAACGGCUGAUGAGGAUCUAGCUGAGGAAAUUUUUGAAGAAAUGAAUCAACUUUGUUUAACUGAUGGUACUGCUGUUGAUGUGAGACUUUUCACACAUCCAUGUUUUGGUGCAGAUCUGGUACAAAGACCUGGUGUAAUCGCUUCAAAAUGCAGGUUGGUGCUCUUUCUCCACACAUGCAACAUGUCGAAUGAUAGAGUUGCCGAAUUUACCCGACACGAAGCUAUUGCACAAAUACGUAUACAUGAAAAUAAAGAUUACGUGAGAUCUCUACGUACAGACAAAAGACUAAAGCCCUUAGAUGGUCUUAAAUCUCAAGAUGCCCUUGAUUGGAUAAAACCUGUCACUCUGAGAAUGAAACAGAAAGUGAAAGAUAUCAUCACAUGGCAGAGACGCAGUCCUUUGGCAGCAGAAAUGUCGGCUCUGACAAUAAAGCAUUCAGAUGAUCGUUGCUACGAAAUGAUGUCUGAACCAAGAGGACUUUGUGUCAUCCUCAACAUUGUACAUUUCGACAAGACAGGCUUCAACAGACAUGCAGCAGCUGGUGCAAAUGCGAAACUGAAAACAUUAUUUGAGGACUUGAAGUUUAAAGUUUGGUCAUACACUGAUAACACAAAGAAGGAAAUAGAGAAGAUACUUGAAGAUGCAGGCAAAUACAUGGACGACAAUGCCACCGACUGUUUUGUGGUCUUUAUUUCUUCACAUGGAAGAGAAGGGGUAAUAUAUAGUAAAGACCUCCAAAGGAUUUGUAUCAAAGACAUUGCACGUCAAUUUAGACCUGACAAGUGUCCCAAUCUGAAAGGGAAACCAAAGCUGUUUUUCAUUGACGCAUGUAGGAAGUAUGAUUUUUCUGUCAGCUGUAAUGAGUCUUGUGGCGAUAUUGAGGAUAUUGAAGACUUCUUUUUCUGCUAUGCUGCCCAACCUGGUGAAAGUUCAAUUCGAAACAAUGAGACAGGAGAUGUUUUCACUGACGAAUUUAUAAAAGUAAUGACUGAGCUGUCGGGCAGCGAUCAUCUAGCAGAUAUCAUGACGGUAGUGACGAGACGAGUCAAAGGUAGGAAAGUGGUCAACCGCUAUGAGGAAUGGCAAGGACAAUUCCCCGAUGUUAGUUCCAAGUUGACCAAAAAACUUUAUUUUAGAUGAUGUCAGAUGUAAAUGUGUCGUAUUCCUUUCACUGGGAUAAAAAAGGUGGUGAAAAAAGGAAGUCAAGAUCGCAAUUGACAAUUCCCAGACAUAACGUGCCGACAUAGUGUUCUGGACAAGAGGAUCGAUCGCCAUUUCAGUAAUGUAUUGGAUCAAGCCUGGACACUGUGCACUUUGAAUGUGUGAUGAAAUGCGUUUUCAUCACUGACAAGAUGUAACAUGUAUGUUUGAAAUAAGAUGUUACUUCCCCCACUUGAGAUUGACGUUAUCGGAAGUUGAUAUACAGAAGAACACGGAUAUAACGGAUAGUGAGAACAAACCGAUACAACGAACUGUUAAAAAAUCCCCGAUUUAUCUCCUCUAUAUGAUCAUAUAUAAUUUAUGUACAUAACAAACUCUCUUCAGCGAACUAACGUAUAUAGCGAACUGAUAUCUGACCACUCACAAUCCCAUCUACCGCUAAUAAGUGACGUGAAAAGCGAACUGAGAAAUCUCACUCAGUGUCAAGUGUCAGUGACAAUUGGCUGUUCGCAAUCAGAGGCGAAUGAAUCAAAACAGUCGAGAUGAAUCAGCAUAAUCACUGGUGACGAAUCAACUUUGCUGAACAUGCAUUAUGUUAAUCUUAUCUGUCCAAGUAAUUCGACUAAUCUUGUCUGUUAAACAGGCAAAUUUCAUUCAAUAAUGUUUACAUUAAUUUCGGUGAAACCGUGUGUGAAGUGAUCCGUAGAUCGCUCAACUCACCGUAAUUUGAGCAACCGCGGUCAGUUUACCGCUUUUGACGCCUUGAAAUGAACUUUAGUUGCAAGAGAAUAGAUACAUAUAUCAUAAAUGCCAUACUUUGACUAGUUAAAAGUCAUAUUUGAGGCAAAUUGUUCCAUACGUAAAAAUAUCCGUCAAUAGCAAUCACCUAUACCAAAGAGCUACGCUUAUGGUUCUUAUAAUUUUAAAUAUGUAUAGUGAAAACUGUAAAAUAACACGAUAUUGGAAUGUAUUAUUCUGAUAAAAUAAUAAAUUCAGACACAAUUCUUCCGACCAUUGCAUCAAUAUUUUUUGAAGUUGUGUCAUUGGGUACUUUUCAACUGAAUCACCGGUAGAUGCGGGAGGCAAAGUGUACAAACGUAUGUUCUCGUGUUUUGUUUUAGCCAAGAUGGCGGACGUUUCCGAGCCGAAACGUAUAUAACGAACAACGUAUAUAACGAACUGAUUUCUCCGGUCCCUUGUAGUUCGUUAUAUCCAUGUUCUACUUUCACUAACGUGUUAUAGACUUGACACAGGUAUAUGUUCAUCAACUUUCAAAUAAAUCAAUAUUUG